AUGAUAAAAACUUCAAGCCAUAUACCAAAAUGCUUUUUACGUUGCUUUGCAACUACUACUAGCGUUCGCACCGGUACGAGGCCUAUGGAACUGGAGAAGUACAAGCAGUAUUAUAGACAAUUACAAGGCGCAAUUACGCAACCUGAGAUAGCAGAUCUCUCAAAAUCUCCUACUCUUACCACAUUACAUCGUCGUUUAUCUCUUCCAGAUAACUUUAAGCUUUCUACACUUACAAGAUGUUUAACAUGUAGGUCAUCAUCAUUACCUGAUACUGCGGGCGAAAAACUACUGUAUAACACCAAUACAGUUCAAGCAAGUAAAUUACACGACAAUUAUGGUCUAAAUAUAUUUGGGAAGAAUAUUCUUACCUACUACGUGACAAAAAAGUUGCUAGAGAAAUACCCUCGUCUUCCAACACCUAUAUUGAAUGCAGCUGUUGAUGCCUACAUUGCUGACCCAGUACUUUACAACGUUGGAAAAACGUGGGGUAUCGAGAUAGAGGAAAGCACAAUCAUGGAUAGAAAUUUGAAGCAGGAGCCAAUCAAUGUGACUUUGGGUAAAUUGCGUUUUUAUAACAAUGUUUUAAAGCACUCAGAUGGUAUUAAAGUCCUCUUGGAUCAGAAGAUGUCAGUAAGCAGUGCAAUGGCACUGGCUGUGCGAAGCAUUAUUGCUGGGUUAUGGGCCAGUACUAAAGAUGAAGAUAAGGUGUUUAAGUUUAUUGACGAUCACAUUAUGUCUAGACAUCUGGAUGUCUCAAAAUUAUUCCAAUUUGAGCAGCCCACAAGAGAGUUGUCUACUUUAUGCCGCCGUGAAGGCUUACAAAGACCCCACUCGAAGCUAAUAGCAGAGUCAGGAAGAGCUUCUAAGGCUCCGGUGUAUAUUAUAGGGGUUUUCUCUGGGGAGGAAAAACUUGGCGAAGGUUUUGGUUCUUCUUUAAAAGAGGCUAAAGCUAGAGCUGCUACGGAUGCAUUGAUGAAGUGGUACUGUUACGAGCGUCCUGCUGAUGUAAAUGAACCUGUCGUGGAUCCUGGUCAAGUACUCGUGUAA